AUGAAGGCACUAGUAGCUUUAAUAUUGCUUGUUCAGCUUCCAAUUCACAAAGCUGUACCAGCAGCUCCCCCUGCUCCCUUGGGAUGUGAUGACCCAGAAUCUGAGGCAGCAGCUGAAGUAGCCGUGAGUUAUAUUAAUGGCCACAGUCAUCACGGAUACAAGUUUGACUUAAACAGAAUUGAGAAUAUCCGCGUGCUACCCCAGGGGCCGAAUAAUGACAUAAUAUUUCUUGAACUUGACUUAUUAGAGACCACAUGCCACAUUCUCAGUCCUACGCCUCUUGCAAACUGCACAGUAAGGAGCUUCACAGAACAUGCAGUCGAGGGUGACUGUGAUGUCAAGAUGCAGAGGUUGGAUGGAAAGUUAUCUGUACUUGCUAGUAAAUGCCACUCACAUGCAGACUCAAGUGAAGAUGUUCUCCAAGUCUGCCCUGACUGUCCACUUCUGGAAAGGUUGAAUAACACUGAGGUAUUAGCAACUGUUACAGCUGCACUCAAUGACCACAACAGCAAAACUGCUGAUGCUUACCUCAGACUCCUUGAGAUUGGAAGAGCCAGAAUACAGUAUCACCCAGUGCACGUUGUUUCUGUUGAGUUUGCUGUGGCUGCCACAAACUGCUCAGCAAAAGAAGCUAAAGAUAAUGUGGAGGCUUGUCAACUGCUGCCUGACGAUCAGUCGAAUUUUGGUUUCUGCACAGCAACAAUGGUAACACGCCCCUCACAGGACCUCAGAGUGGACUGCCAGCUCUAUGGACAUCAGCCUGGAGUUACCUACUCUCAACCAGGUCAAGAUACAUCAGCAGGACUGGUGCCCAGUGUUGUACAAGGCUUCACAAACCAUAAUCUCAGGCUUUCUCACAAUAACCCUGUUGCAUCUGAAUCCAGCUCUUCAGAAUUUCCUACUUCCGUGCUCUCAGCAAAAUCUGUAGCAAAGAGAGCAGUUGCAGAGGUUGCUCAGCAUGACAAAGUAGCUCGCCCAGUUGGCUUUGUGCCUCCUCCUCCUCCAUGCCCUGGGAAGAUUCGUCAUUUCAAGAUAUAG